CGAGUGAAGGAAGUUGCAGCCCAUGUUAGGAAAUGUUCUCUCCGUGGGCUGCAGCAGCCGGAGGAGCUACAGUCAGCUGGACAGCUCGGAGUGUUGAUCGCACACGGGAAGGAUUUCUCUCCGGGACGGAUAAUAAUAAUAAUAAUAAUCAUCAUCAUCAUCAUUCGCCAUUAUGGCUCAAGCUAAAAUACAGGCAAAAAUGAACGAAGUUCCCUGCGCCAAGUUCAGCAGGACCCUGUCUAUGGCAGAUCGCUCCGGACGACUCCUGGAAAGUUUGGAUCAGCUGGAAAUGAGGGUGGAGACUUUACGCGAAGCAGCAUCGGCCAUGGAGCAGGAAAGGGAGGGCAUCUUGGAAAUGAUUCAGUCCAUACAGAACGGACAAGAAAUGCGUAACAUCUGUGCUGGGGAGAGAGAAGAGUUAGAGUUAACUGCAAACCGUCUAAUGGGCCGUACGCUGUCCGUGGAGAUCUCUGUAGGCACAAUCAGAAACUCCCAGCAGGAGGAGGCGCUGCGCAGGGCCACGUCCAUCAUCGAUGAAAUGGUGAAGAAGUUACUGGACGACAUGGAGAGCGGCCGGCAGCGGCUGCUGGCCCUGCACGCAGCCUGUGUGACUGAGGCCCCGCCCGUCCCCAUCGACCAGAAGUUUCAGGCCAUAGUGAUCAGCUGUGCCCUGGAGGACCAGAAGAAGAUCAAGCGGAGGCUGGAGACUUUGUUGAGGAACGUUGAAAAUGCUGAGAAGAACAUCAAGAUCAUGGAUCACCAAAAACUGGAGGACCCAAAAGCCAAUGGCUGUCAUUAAGACUCCUCACCAAAACAUAAAAUGUCUUUAAUGCCACUAACCUCACAAAGAACUGUUGUAAUCCUGUACUAACUUUUAGAAGGACUCUGCAUGUAGCUGUGAAUGAGUCCUUUACAGUAAUACUGAACCUUAGGGCCUUCAUUUACAGUGAUUUCUCACAUUUUACCCUCAAAUUAUUGUCAUUUUCACUAACCUAUCAAUAUGGAUGGUUUAAUGUGUAUACCAGUACACAAUGUGUGUUCACAUGUGCACUUAAGUAGACAGAAAAAGAUACAAUGGAAUAGUGCUCCAUAGCAGGUUUGGUCAGUUUAUUGGAAAACCCAGUGCUUGACAAACAAUGAAUCCAAUGCUGAAGUAUCUUUUUUCUCUUUCAUUGUCUCACCUUUCUAAAUCAGGCACUUGGUAAGGAUUUUGGAUGUGCAUACACUACCUCUUUGUAUGAAGGCAACACAAAUCACAUUAAGCUGUGGAUUUUACUUCAUGUUUGCACAAAGCAGUUUUUAUGUCAGAUCAUGUGUCCAAAAAGUAAAUAAAAAAACACACUGUCUAAUAA